CGCGAGCCAGUUCCCCCCCCCCCAUACACACACCCCACGCACUAGCUUGUGUGUGGGCUAGGCUCGCUGCGGGCUCCAGGCUUGGCCGCACUUGCUCACCGUGAGUCGUGCGCCCGGGGCUUUUGUGCCGGGGUCGGCUUGGGCUUUGUGUCCCGAGUUCUGCGCCGUGCCCGCGGCGCCGCUCCCGGUCAGGGAUCUCCCCGGAGGCGGCGGGCGCAGCCCCCGGGACUAGCGAGCGAGAGAGCGCGCCGGCGUGAGCGGCGGCGACUGCGAGGGGCCGAGGCGAAGGAGGAGGAGAGGAGGGGGACGAGAUGCCGGAGUUCCUAGAGGACCCUUCGGUCCUGACCAAAGACAAGUUGAAGAGCGAGUUGGUCGCCAACAACGUGACGCUCCCGGCCGGCGAGCAGCGCAAGGACGUGUACGUGCAGCUCUACCUGCAGCACCUCACGGCGCGCAACCGGCCGCCGCUCGCCGCGGGAGCCAACAGCAAAGGGCCGCCCGACUUCUCGAGCGACGAGGAGCGCGAGCCCACCCCGGUGCUCGGCUCCGGAGCCCCCGUGGGUCGCGGCCGCGGCGCCGUCGGCAGGAAAGCCACAAAGAAAACUGAUAAGCCCCGGCUAGAAGAUAAAGAUGAUCUGGAUGUGACAGAGCUCUCUAAUGAAGAACUUCUGGAUCAGCUUGUGAGAUAUGGAGUGAAUCCUGGUCCCAUUGUGGGCACAACCAGGAAGCUGUAUGAGAAAAAGCUGUUGAAACUGAGGGAGCAGGGAACAGAAUCGAGGUCCUCCACUCCUCUGCCCACAGUUUCUUCCUCUGCUGAAAACACAAGACAGAAUGGAAGUAACGACUCUGACAGAUACAGUGACAAUGAUGAAGGAAAGAAGAAAGAACACAAGAAAGUGAAGUCCGCUAGGGAUUGUGUUCCUUUUUCUGAACUUGCAUCUACUCCCUCUGGUGCAUUUUUUCAGGGUAUUUCUUUCCCUGAAAUCUCCACCCGUCCUCCUUUGGGCAGGACUGAACAGCAGGCAGCUAAGCAAGUUCAUACUACUAAGGGAGACCCACCUAGGGAGACUUGUACUGACACAGCCUUGCCUGGGAAGGGACAGACGCAGAAGCUAGCCCCUGGACGGAGUUUAUUUAAUCCUUCAGAGUCUAGCUAUGAUAGAUGUGUAGAGAAAAGUUCAUCAUCUUCUUCUCAGCGUGAAUUUGCUGCCAGGCUGGUCUCUGCUGCGGCUUCCCCUUCACUGAUAAGAGAAACCACUACUACUUACUGUAAGGACAUAGUAGAAAAUAUUUGCCGUGGAGGCAAGAGUAGAACUCAGCCAUCACAUGCUGAGGAGCCUGGCGUUUCAGAUCAGUCAGUUUUCUCUAGUGAAAGAGAAGUACUGCAGGAGUCGGAGAGAUCACAGGUCAUUUCUCCACCACUUGCUCAGGCAAUCCGAGAGUAUGUCAAUUCUCUGUUAGUCCAGGGUGGGGUCAGCAAUUUGCCUGGGACUUCUAACUCUCUACCCACACUGGAUGUAGAAAACAUGUGUAAGAGACUUGGCCAGUCCAGCCGUCAAGAAUCAGAAUCCCUGUCCCCUCCCCGAAAAGUCCCUAGACUCAGUGAGAAACGAGUAAAGGGAGGGGAUUCGGGCACCUGUGUGGCAUUUCAGAGCACACCUGGAUCCGAACAUAGGUCUUCUUUUGCCAAAAGUGUUGUCGCUCAUUCUCUUGCUACUUUAGGAAUAGAAGUGUCCAAGCAACCACGGUAUGAUAAAAUAGAUGCCUCGGAACUGUCUUUUCCUCUCCAUGAAUCUAUCAUAAAAGUCAUUGACGAGGAGUGGCAGCAGAUUGAUAGGCAGCUGCCCUCGCUGGCAUAUAAAUACCCAGUUUCCUCCAGUGAGGCAACUCGGAUAUUAUCAGUUCCAAAAGUAGAUGAUGAAAUCCUGGGGUCCUCCACUGAGUCUUGUGAUGAACAUUUGGACUUAGCUCUCUGUAGGUCUUAUGAAGCUGCAGCAUCAGCCCUGCAGAUUGCAUCCCACACCGCCUUCAUAGCUAAGUCUCUGCAAGCCGACAUAAGUCGGGCCGCACAGAUUAUUAACUCAGAUCCCACUGAUGGACAGCAGGCACUCGAGAUACUGAACAGAGCCUAUGAUGCAGCUUCGUAUCUCUGUGAUGCUGCGUUUGAUGAAGUGAGGAUGUCUGCCUGUGCCAUGGGGUCUUCUACCGUGGGUCGGCGCCAUCUGUGGUUGAAGGACUGUAAGGUGACUCCAGCUUCCAAGAAUAAACUUGCUGUUGCCCCCUUUAAAGGUGGAACAUUAUUUGGAGGGGAAGUACACAAAGUUAUUAAGAAGCGUGGAAACAAGCAGUAAUAAGGUCUCCCAGUAGAGCUAACUUCAAGGUUUAAGCUUCUACUCGGGAAGUUACAGUGUAAUUGCAUAUAUAGAAGCCUAGUACAGUCGGAGCUCCACAGAUCACAUUGUCUUAUUACGUGAGUUUACAGCUUCCUAUUUUAUAUAACAUUCUAGAUUUACAAGGAAUUCCGGCAGCUAAACUAUCAGUAGAGCCCUCACUUCCCUUAGUGUGUCGUUCACAGACUUCCUUGUGUAUAGGUCAGAGUUAAACAUUGUUAGUCGCUGAAACACUGAUUUUUUUUUUUUUUUACUCCUGCUCAUAGGAAUUUAGUUUUGAGAAGUAUGGUAUAUAGGCAUGCCAAGUUUCACAGCUCUUGUGCUUUUAGUCUGCUCUACUUUCUGCUGCUUGCUUUCAUUACUUUCAUUACAUAAAUCUAUUUUGCUAAGAGUCCUUUUGUUCACUCAUUACAUCGCAAGGCAUCUCACAGGUGACCUUUGUACCAUAAUUCUUGACUAAGCAUCUAUAUGCUCUAACAUCUGUCCACACUCUUGGUCAUACUUCUGUCUGCAAUGGAAUUCAUAAUAAUUCUAGAUCAGUGUAACUCUUUUAAGUGCCAGUACACAAACUUACUGAUUGAUUCACAGACAAGUGUGUGCAUGUAUGGAAGGGAAAGGCACUGCUUCUCAAUGGUGAGAUGCAUAAGCUUAGCAUGCAUAUGACCGAGUUCAGUUCACAGCCACUUAAAAAAGUUUAAUGAGACUUUAAAUCUAGAGAUAAUUUACAAACAAAUGAUAAGAGGCAAAUCACUUAUAUGUAUGUAUAAACACAUCUAUGCACAUUUUUAGUAAAAUAUAAAAAGCAAUGUACAGUUUUAUGUCUGAUGGAGGAGAUAGCCAACAAUUCUUGGGUAUACAAGUACAUGGACCGCAUUUGAGGAACAUAGCUAGGGAUGAUAAGUAGAGUUCUGGUAUACCUCAUGCUCACUCAACGUGACUUAUUUUGUUAGAUAAACAAGACACUACAAAGAUGGGACUUUCUUAUUUUCUACAUGUAUUUAAAGAUAUUUUGUAUGUCCUGCAUAGUUACUUUUCAGAUCUGGAUGCUAAAACAAGUUAUUUUCUAAAAUCCUUAAGAAUUUUUACUAUACCCCAAUGUCUGUGUCUGUAUGAAGCAAUGUAUUACCCUGUUGGCAUUUGUAUGGUUAUAAGGUAAGGAAUCCUAGUUGUAGAGAUGCUAUGGAAAAUAGUCUCAAGCAUAAUCAAAUACAGUCCUGGUGUACAUGACUACAGCUACCGUGUUCUUAGACUAUACACUCCAUCUCUACAGCUUUGUUACUUGUCUUCUAAAAUGUACAUGUACACAUGUACCUGUUAAGUGCUGUGUGAUUUCUUUAAAGCAAUGUAUUCCUGUAGAAUGCUUCUACAAAUUCAAUAAAGUUGUUAAAUUUGAA